AUAAAUAGUUUUCUUGUAUGACAUAAUGGCAUCUCAAAAAGCGCGAUUGGAACAAACAAGCAUGGCGGAACAGAAAAAAGAUGCUGAUCUUGAAUUGGAAUCCCAAACCCAAAAUUCUACAAAGAAUGGGCCGAUUAAUGAAGAAAUCGAUCAGAAAGCUGCAGGAGACGUAGAAGAAAAUCAUAAAAAUAUGAAUGACGAACAGAGUCAUUCAGAAGGGAUUUCAAUCCAACCAGGAGAUCAGCAUAAGAAAGGAAAAAAGAAGAAAGGGAAAAAUAAAGUUAAAGAAAUUUCACCUGAAGUAAUAGAAAGUCCUGAACUUUCAACAGCUGAUCUUAAAGGACUUUCAGCCACUAAACUAAAUGAAAUCAAAAAAGCUAUGGAGGUUUUCAAUCUUGGUGUUAUGCAUCAGGGGCCAGCAAAAACUCAUGAAGAGGCUGCUCGAAAGCAUUUUGAGUUUUGGGAUACACAACCGGUACCAAAAAUAGGUGAUGAAAUUAGCCCUAAUGCUAAUGAACCUAUUGAACCUGACAAGCCUGUAGAUGAAAUUCGAAAGGAACCUCUUUCAUUACCGCAAGGCUUUCAGUGGGAUACUCUUGAUAUUGAUGAUCCAAUGAUUUUGAAUGAGCUUUACACUCUUCUAAAUGAAAACUAUGUUGAAGAUGAUGAUAAUAUGUUUAGGUUUGAUUAUUCACCCGGAUUUUUAAAAUGGGCCUUGCAACCUCCUGGAUGGAAAAGACAAUGGCACUGUGGUGUACGGGUUGUAAAAAGUAAAAAGCUUGUAGGUUUCAUUAGUGCAGUACCUGCACAUGUGCGCAUUUAUGGCUUGAAACGAAAAAUAGUUGAAAUUAAUUUCUUAUGUGUUCAUAAAAAGCUGAGAUCAAAACGAGUAGCCCCUGUACUUAUAAGAGAAAUUACUAGGAGGGUUAAUCGUGAAGGAAUAUUUCAAGCUGUUUAUACAGCUGGUGUUGUUCUUCCCAAGCCUAUUGGAACAUGCAGGUACUGGCAUCGUUCUCUGAAUCCUCGUAAACUAAUUGAAGUUAAGUUUUCUCAUUUGAGUAGAAACAUGACUAUGCAACGAACUCUAAAGUUAUAUAAGUUGCCUGAAAACACAAAAACUCAUGGUUUUAGGCCAAUGAAAGAAAAGGACAUUAAGCAGGCAUUAAAAUUGAUUUCUGAAUACUUGUUGAAAUUUGAUCUUGCUCCUUCCUUUGAUGAAGAAGAGUUUCGAUACUGGUUUCUUCCUCGUCCAGAUAUAAUUAAUAGUUUUGUUGUUGAAGUAAAUGGAACAAUUACAGACUUUGUUAGCUUUUAUACAUUGCCUUCCACAGUUAUGCAUCAUCCUGUUCAUAAAGGUUUGAAAGCAGCUUAUGCCUUUUAUAAUGUUAGUAAAGGAACUCCUUUGAAUGAUCUAAUGCAGGAUGCUUUAAUAGAAGCUAAAAAUAUGGGGUAUGAUGUAUUUAAUGCUCUUGACUUAAUGGACAAUAAGUCUUUUCUAGAACCUUUAAAAUUUGGCAUUGGAGAUGGCAAUUUGCAGUAUUAUUUAUAUAAUUGGCGAUGCCAGCCUAUGCAACCAAAUCAAAUUGGACUUGUUUUGCAAUAAACCUUAGGAGAAUAUAUAUCUUGUCAUUAAAGAGAACAUAUCACAAGUGUACUAUCAGAUUUUUGUUGACAACAUUUGCAGAUAACUCAUUUCCAUUUCCUUUUUAUAUAUAUUAAAAGGGCAAAUUAGGUUGCCUUUUAUAGAAUUUAGAAUUGCCUCCAUGCUCUAAGGAGGCAACUUUUGACACCAAGUUACGUUAACUUGCUCUAUGGUCCACAACUAUUAUGCACAUCCAUCUAGUGAUAUGUUCCAAGUAAUAAAAGAGAGCUGCAUCUCUUGUGCAAAGUAACUUUCUUACAAGCAAAGUGACUUCUCCAAGAGAUACUAUUUUUUUGCCAGAUGCUAAUGUGUGAACAAAAGUGAUAUAUUCCAGACAAUUGAGUAAAAGGAAAGAUAGCUUUGUUAUCUGUGAUUCAUCCUAAUUGUCUGUGCCCUUGUAAUUUUUGACUUUGUAUUGCAUUUAAUGAUGUUGUUCAAUCAUUGAUGCUAACAAAACAUGCUUAUCAUUAGCUUCAUUCUUUCAUUGUUUAGUCAUUAUGGAGAAUUGCGGGCAAUUGCUUAACUAGUGAUAUAAAAAAAAAAAGUAAUACUUGUUGAAAAUAUAUUCAUCUGAUAGUUUAAUUGAAAAUGAAAGGUAAAUAUAUGUAUUGUUUCUAAUCAUAUUUUAUAUUUCAUUUUGUUAGCUGUCUCUUUGUUGUAAAUUAUUGUUCUAACAAAUGAUGUAUUUGAAUUAUAUUUAUCAUCAUUAUAAGGAAAAAAAAAAGCAAACUAACAUUAAGUGUUGUCGAGACUAAUUUGUUUAAACCAGGGUAUCUGAAAUUUUCUGUUUGCCAUCCUUCUUAUUCUUUGAGCAGGGUAGGGGAGGACCUAUUUAAAAUCCCCCCCCCCCUUUAACUUAAGCAGUAUGAUCUUUUCCCUCCAAUUUUAAAAAAAAGUUGCAAAGUUUUGUUUUGAAAAACUCUAGAUCAGGAGAACAUACCUUUAGUGAAAAAUUUUCAAUUUGACAUAUCUCUAGGUUACUGAAUUGAGGAGUGUGGCAUAGGCAGUUGGAUUUGGGGGGGGGGAUUCCAAUAAAUUUUGUAAAAAUUAAAAUUAUAAGAAUUAUUAAAUUUUGAUACUUAUAUCUUAUAAAUGUUUGAUUUUUAAAUGAUUAAUAAGUAAAUUAAAAUAAAAUUAAUCAAUUAUUUAUAGUAUAUUGAAAUAUUAUUUAUUUUAGUGGUGAUGCUAUAUUUCUUUUAAUAGAUAUUUAAAAUAAUUGCUUUUAUUUAGCAAUAAAAGCAUUUGUUUAUAAUCCAUCUCAAUAAUUAUGGUAAAUUUUCCAAGAAUUUUAUUACUUUACUAAUUUUGUAUCCAUAAUAUAAAUAUUUAAAAAUAUGUGAAAAAAAUUAAACCUAUGCACAUGAGUAUAAAAUUAAAAAAAUAAUUAAACUAAUAAUGUUACUUUUAUAAAACAAUGAAAAAUAUUGUGGAAAAAAUGAAACAAUAAAAAAUUAAUGGAAAUAAUCAUUACAGUAACUUUAUCUGACAAAAUAUAAUUUGAAGGAAAAUUGCUAACACAUUCAGUAACAUUUUUUUAUUUCAAUUUUUUUGAAACAUAAUGUAUCUUUAUUUAACAGUUCUUGUAUAUUUAAUCAGCCCAUAUGUUAAAUUAUUAGUGUUAAUCUGCAAUGUAAAACUAAUGAAUUGAAUUUUAUAUAUCUUCUAUUUUUUAAAAUAAAUAGAAUGAGUUUCUUGAUUUAACUCUCCUUCCCCAACUUUAAAUCGAUCAAAAGUUGGACAAAGAGAGUAUUUUAACCACCCAUAUAUAAAAAAAAAGUCAAUGAAAUGUUAAUGAGUAAUUAUUUAAUCGAUCAGUUAAUUAUUUUAAAUGCUUUUUAACAUAUUUUAAUAAAUGAAUUCUUUUUCAUAAUAGAUGAAGUUUUUUUUAUUUAAGAAAUAUUUUCAACAAUUUUGCUUUACUGAUUACAAGCCACAACUGAGAGUCAUUUGUUACAAAGCCCUGGUUUAAACUAUUCUUUUAAUAAAGUUGAUAACAGAAUAAAAUGCAGUCAUGUAUUUUUUGUCUUUGCAGUUUAAAAGGGAUUUUGUGAAUGAUAAAAUCAAUUUACCCCACUUCAUAUUUGUUUAUGAAUAUUUUAUGUAAUAUCUCCUUCAAAGAAAAUAUUGUAUUUAUUGAGGAAUACUAGAAAGCUAAUAUUAUUAUGCUUAUGUAUAAUAUAUAAUUAAUAAGUUUUAUAAUUUUAUAUAUUGCCAAAUAUUGAAAUCUUUGUUAUUAAGUGAUGAAAGAUUGUAGAAAUAGUAUAUUUUUUAUGAUAACAAAUGUUAAUUAAUAAAAGGACAUAUGUAACAUGUUCUAGUUAACUGAUUGCCCUUGUAUGGAAUUGUAAGGAAUAUUUUCAAAGUUGCUUUUUUUGGGGUGUAUUUUGUUUGUUUUUUAUAGUGUUAAUUAAUUAGUUUUGGUAUAUAUUGGAAUUCAGAAAUUUGUAUUAUCCUGGUUUGAAUUUUUUCUUUGUUUGAAUUUAGCAGCAGUUCCUUAAUGUGCAUUUUAUAUGUUUAUAAAUAUUAAUAACUGUUAAUGAUUAUAAAGUAAAUAGUUAUUUCUGAUAAAUUGUUAAAUGUUUAUUGGUAAGAAAUUGUAAAUUUAUCAAGCUUUAAAAAAAAAAAAACUUUUUGAUGAUUUACUUAUUGGAAAAAUAGGCUUAGUACUAUAAAUCAAACACUUUUUCAAUUACUGGAAAUAAUAUUCAUCAAAAUAAUUUUUAUGCUUUUAUAGAUUUUUUUGCUUUUUAUUUUUUUGAAAAUUUGCAUCUCCUACUCAGGAAAUUUAAAAUGAACUCUUCGACAAAAGAAAUUCAGAUAUUUCAUUUUAGUUCAUGUAUGUAUUGUGUCAUAAAAAAAAAUUGCUAACUUUUUUUAAGAAAUAAAGUUUUAAGUUAUGA